UUGAAUGGAAGAAAUCAAAGUUUGCGUUUCGAGUCUUAAGGGAUUUUAGCUAAAUAUAAAUACGGUGGUGGAUAAAUUGAAAAAAGAGAAGUAGAGUUUUUACUUAUUUUUUAAGUGAUCUUGCUCCUAAUUUCCUUCAAUUUGCUGAUGAGACAUUUUAAAGUAAUGAGAGCCUAUUAAAGAAGUAUUUGGUUUUGAUGGUAUUGUUAAUCACAUCUAUAAAUUAUAGAUAAUUAGAGAGGCAGUUUACACAAAUCCAGUUGGAACUGUAACAAAUAAAUUAGCUAGCAAUAACUCAGUUUUGAAUUAUUUAUAAGAUAUUGUUAUGUUUCAGCCAGGUUCUGAUGAUGAAUAUAAAGGCAUCUAUAAAUUUGAAAAUGAUAGUAAUUUAUAUGGUUAUUAAUUCGUUUAGCUCCAAAGAUUGCUAUUAAAUAUUUCAAUUUGAUAUUAGAACUAAUCAAGUUUUUGGCUGAAAAGUACCCUGUCACUUAAACCAACAAACCCACUAAGUUUAAAAUCAUGUAUGACAGAUUGGUUCAAUAGGAUAUUGUCUUUCCAACGCAAUAUAAAGAAUUAGUUGCAAAUAUCAAUGAAAUAGAGGAUGUUGUUGAAGAUAACUAACCUGUCAAAAGAUAUCAAGUACAAUAGAUGGAACCAAAUCAGGAAAAUGGGAUACAUCAAUUGGAGGAAUUGCAAAUUGAAAUGAAUGAUUAAAUUGACACAAUUUGGGAUAUGCUUAAUGAUUAGAACUGCAAUCCAGAAGGGGCAAAAGACAGUACCUAAAAAUUAUGAUUUUAGUGUUAUAGUUUUAUUGUGAUACAUUUAAAGAGAGUGAUGCUAAAUUGCAAUAAUUGGAAUAUGAAUUAUCCGACAAACUCAGUUAAUAACAGAAGGAUUAGAUUGAGUUGUUGUGUAAUUUCAUCAAGAUAUUCAAUUUAAAGUUUAAUCAUUUUGAAAGAAACAAAACUAAGAAUGGUUUCUUGGAGUUUCAACAUGCAGUUUUAUCAGAGGCCAGUAAAAUUACAAAAAAGAAUUAUACUCCAUCAGAUGCUUAUUAAAAAUCCAAGAUUUAGCCACUUUCUCCCAUAAGAUAGGUAGGUUAAGAUGAAACACAAGAUGUUUCAAGAUUUAAUGAAUUAACAAAUACUUAAAUUGAGAAAAAGGAGAAAAUCUUUUAGUAAAAUAAUUAUCAAAGAGAGUUAGAAUAAUAAUAAUAAUAAUAAUAAUAAUAAUAAGUUGAUUAAUCAAGAGCCUAGAAUAAAGUUAAAUAAGUUGAAAAAUAAAAAGUAAUAUAAUCAUAGUAAUAUAAUUAAUAUGACGAUCCUGACCCAACUGAUAUAUAAAAUCAACUUUUACAACAACAAAUUUAAUAUGACUAACAGUAAUAAUAAAAGUAGUAUUAGGAGCAAUAGAAGUAUCAAAUUUAGUAGGAUCAACAUCAUUAAAAAUCUUCAAAACCAGUUCAAUAAAACAAUACACUUUUAUUAGAAACCGAUUAUUCUUAAUUUGAGCAAACAAUUCCAUCAUAGAAUAGGAAUUAAUUUGCUUAAGAUUAUUAUUAACAACCCUAAAAAUAAGAGGAUAAACACGGAUCUUUGGAAUAGUAUCAAGAUUAGUUUACUUAAAAACCUCAAGGAAUGAAAUUAACUUUCGGGAACAGCAUUGAUUAAGGAUAAGAUUAAAAGAAAGAAGGGUCUAGUUAAGUGUAAUUUAAGGAAGUCAGGAACGCAGGGCAUAAUUUACAAUAGCAACAAUAUGAUGUUUUUUAGCAGUAAAUUAGUGCUCCUUAUACUGGUAAUCAAUAGAAUAAUCAAAUUCUUGAUAUAUACCAAAAAUUAAGUAAAAGUGGAUAUACAUAAAAAAUGAUUGAUGUUUGGAAGAAGACAUGUUUAUUGGGGAAGGGAAAUUUGUUUGAGAAUGAAUUGAUCAGAGUUUAUUGUACAUUUGGAUUAUAGUUUCAAGUGUUGAAUAAUAAAAAUUACUUAAAGAUUUCGUUGUAUAUUUUUAACAAGAUUGAUCAAAGUCUGUCCAUUAACAUUAAAUUUCAAGGCGAUAAAUGUAAUUAUUAAUUUAUUACAAACAGCAACGAAGUUUUGGAUAAAGUCAGACAAUAAAAAGAUUUUGGAUCGAGAAUCGCAAUAUUUGAUAGUGGUUGACGAGUGCAAGGAACUCAUCAAUUGUUAGAUACAGAUAGACAAUCAAAUCUUGAAUGUGUUAUUGCCAACAAGUCAGUAUAAUUUUAUAGAUUUUUUGGAUUUGAGGGCGGAGAUAUUUUAGGUUAAGAUUAAGGAUGUUCGAUUUUAUUAAAGUCAGCCAUUUAGAUUGCAGGUUGGUUGGGACACAUUUAAGAAAAUCAGAUUUACUGAAGUGAAUAAUUACUAUGGUAAGGGAUUUGUGAUUAUUUAAUUAGGAGCUACUUAUGGAAAUAAUAAUUACGUCAGAGUAAUGAUGAUAGAGAAAAAUAUAUGGAUCAUAGAGGCUACUGAUUAAAAUCUCAUUCCAUAAUUAUUAUUUUUGUUUUCUUGA